CUCGCUCAUUCGCCCGCCCGCGUCUCCGUGAACCGCUCGCUGUGGCGCAUCUCUCCGUAGAACCCUCAGCGCUCUGUUUCUGCACCUAACACACCUAACCGUCCGUCGCCGCCUGACUGACAAACACAACGACACGAAUACAGCACAGGAAUUCAAAAUUCGCGCCGUUGAGGAAAAAAGCGCUCGUGCAGAACUCUUGUAACGGCAGAAUGACUGAGUGAGAGUGAGGGAGAGAGAGAGGACGCUGUGCUCGCAGUAUGGAGAAAAUGAAAGGUGCGUCCAGUCAUCACAGUCAGACCUCCCUUCGACCUCCUCUGCCUCCCCCGCACAACCACCACCAGUCAUCGGCUAAUUCCCUCAAUCGCAACAACCAGGCCAGCCGGCGGAACCCGCAGAGCCACGCACCUACUGCCGCCCCGACAGAUGGACCCUCCACCCCUGAAUCCGUCCAGCUCCAGGACAGUUGGGCUCUUAACAGCAGUGUCCCGCUGGAGACACGACACUUCCUUUUCAAGACGCCAUCUGGGAGCACUCCUCUGUUCAGCAGCUCUUCACCAGGUUAUCCCUUGACCGGUGGUACCGUCUACUCCCCACCACCCCGGCUCUUACCCAGAAAUACAUUCUCCAGGAGCUCCUUCAAGCUGAAGAAACCCUCCAAGUACUGCAGCUGGAAAUGCGCUGCUGUGUCUGCGAUUGCAGCCGCUGUGCUGUUGGCCGUCCUGCUCUCUUACGUCAUAGCUCUUAAUCUGCUUGGCUUGAAUUGGCGACUGAAGCCCACUGAAGGGCAUCUAGUGAACACUGGCCUCAGCAUGAGUAUUCCUGGCAUUGGUGAUGUGGCAACAGUGCCCUCCGGAGGCAGAGGGCCGUGGGUGUUGAAGAACAGCAGUAUAAACAGCGGGGAGCUGGAGCUGGGUCAGCGUGUCAGUCAGGAUGUUCCUCCGGGCGUCUUCUGGAGGUCUCUGCUUCACCUGCGCCAGCCACACUUCCUCAAGUUCAACAUCUCCCUGGGCAAGGACGCGCUGUUUGGGGUUUACAUGCGGCAAGGCCUGCCUCCUUCACAUGCUCAGUAUGACUACAUGGAAAGGUUAGAUGGAAAAGAGAAGUGGAGCGUAAUCGAGUCUCCUCGUGAGCGGCGCAGUAUUCAAACCGUUGUCCAGAAUGAGGCAAUCUUUGUGCAGUAUCUGGACCCCGGCACCUGGCACCUGGCCUUCUACAAUGACGGCAAACAGAAAGAACCCAUCUCAUUCAGCACUGUGGCUCUAGAUUCAGUGGAAGAGUGCCCCCAGAAUUGCCAUGGCAACGGAGAGUGCAUGUCAGGAGCGUGUCAUUGCUUCCCAGGGUUCCACGGCACAGACUGUUCUAAAGUGGCGUGUCCCGUGCUGUGCAGCGGGAACGGACAGUACAGCAAGGGUGUGUGCAUGUGCUACAGUGGCUGGAAGGGGCUGGAGUGUGACGUGCCGCAGGGCCAGUGCAUUGACUCCAGCUGUGGCGGUCACGGGAUCUGCACCCAGGGCAGCUGCACCUGUGAAGCGGGUUACCGUGGCGAGUCCUGCGAGGAAGUGGCUUGUCUUGACCCCACGUGUUCGGGACAUGGAAGCUGUGUGUCCGGUCAGUGCCACUGUAAGCCGGGUUGGUCCGGGCCUCUAUGUGAUGUGUCCAGAGCCCAGUGUCCAGAUCAGUGCAACGGUCACGGAGCCUACAGCCCUGACACGGGCCUCUGCAGCUGUGACCCAAACUGGAUGGGCCCUGACUGCUCCACCGGUGUGUUCCCAUCAGCCAUUUUCACCUUCUCACUUACUAAGAAUAAAAUAAGCCAGUGUGAACAGGGUUGGAACGGAGAACACUGCACCAUCGAUGGCUGUCCAGGUCUGUGCAAUGGGAAUGGGCAAUGCAUCAUGGGUCAGAACAGCUGGCACUGUGAGUGCCACACUGGCUGGAGAGGACCAGGCUGCAGUGUUGCCAUGGAGACCUCCUGCAAUGACAACAAGGACAAUGAAGGAGAUGGUCUGGUUGACUGUAUGGAUCCGGACUGCUGCACGCAGAGCUCUUGUGUAACCAAUCCUCUGUGCCGUGGAUCACGUGACCCACUUCAGGUUAUUCAGCAGAGCCAAUCAGAGGUCCAGAAAGUCCCAUCCUUUUAUGACAGAAUCAAGAUGCUUGUGGGUAAAGACAGCACUCAUAUCAUACCAGGAAUCAACCCAUUCAAUGCCAGCCUGGCAUCUCUGAUUCGAGGUCAGGUUUUGACCUCAGAUGGCACUCCUUUGGUGGGCGUCAACGUGACCUUUGUGAAGUACCCGCACUAUGGUCACACCAUGACCCGCCAGGAUGGCACUUUUGAUCUGGUGGCCAACGGUGGAGGCUCUCUGACUUUGCGUUUUGAGCGGUCUCCAUUUCUGAGUCAGGAACGGACGGUGUGGCUGCCCUGGAAUCGCUUCUACACCAUGGACACUGUGGUGCUACAAACGAAGGAGAAAACCACGGCCAGAUGUGACCUGAGCGGUUUUGUCAGGCCUGAUCCUGUGGUUCUUCCGUCCCCACUGUCCUCUUUCUUCAGCUCCAACCCUUCAGAGAAACACAUCCUCCCUGAGAGCCAGGUGCUUCAUGAACAGGUGGAGAUUCCCGGCACCGGUCUUAAACUUUGCUAUUUGAGCUCCAGGACCUCAGGCUACCUCUCACUGCUAAAGGUGAUCAUGACCCCAGCUCCAGUGCCUCUCAGCCUGGCCAAAGUGCACCUGAUGGUGGCCGUGGAGGGUCAUCUCCUUCAGAAAUGGUUCCAUGCAUCUCCUAACCUGGCUUACACUUAUAUCUGGGACAAGACUGAUGCCUAUAGGCAGAGGGUCCAUGGCCUGACCGAGGCUUUGGUGUCUGUGGGGUAUGAGUAUGAGACGUGUCCCAGUCAGAUCCUGUGGGAGAAGAGGACAGCUGUGCUGCAGGGAUACGAGCUCAACCCCUCAAACUUGGGCGGCUGGUCUCUAGACAAACACCACAUGCUGAAUGUCCGCAGCGGCAUCCUUCAUAAGGGCAGCGGUGAGAAUAUCUUCCUCUCCCAGCAGCAGCCACCCAUCAUCAACAGUAUUAUGGGUAACGGCCGAAGACGCAGCAUCUCAUGCCCAAGCUGCAGUGGGAUGGCUGAGGGCAACAAGCUGCUGGCGCCGAUGGCUGUAGCCUGUGACGGAGAGGGUAACUUGUACGUGGGUGACCUUAACUUUGUGCGGAGGGUCUAUCCGUCCCUCAAUACCACAGCUGUACUGGAGCUCAGAAAUAAAGAUUUAAGACACAGCAACAGUCCAAGCCAUAAGUACUACUUGGCAGUGGAUCCGGUGUCGGGUUCUUUGUUCCUGUCAGACACCAACUCCCGGCAGAUCUACCGCGUUCGCUCUCUGAAUGGGGCACGACCGCUGCUGGAUAACGCUCAGGUGGUGGCGGGGACGGGAGAGCAGUGCGUCCCGUUCGAUGAGGCUCACUGUGGUGAUGGAGGCAAGGCAGUGGAGGCCACACUAAUGAGCCCAAGAGGUGUUGCAUUGGAUAAGAACGGCCUGAUGUACUUUGUGGAUGCUACUAUGAUACGAAAAGUGGAUCAGAAUGGCAUUAUCUCCACUCUGAUAAAGACCAAUGACCUUACUGCAGUCAGGCCCCUCAGCUGUGACGCCAGCAUGGACGUCAGCCAGGUACGUCUGGAGUGGCCUACAGACCUGGCCAUCAACCCUAUGGACAACUCUCUGUAUGUGCUGGAGAAUAACGUCAUCCUGCGUAUCUCUGAGAACCACCAGGUCAGCAUUAUUGCAGGGCGGCCCAUGCACUGCCAGGUCCCUGGCAUUGAUUACUCUCUCAGCAAACUAGCCAUCCAUUCUGCCUUGGAGAGCGCCACAGCCAUCGCCAUCUCCCACACAGGUGUGCUCUAUAUUGCUGAAACCGACGAGAAGCGCAUCAACCGCAUACGGCAAGUUAGCACCAGCGGUGAGAUCUCCCUGCUUGCCGGUGCUGCCUCUGAAUGCGACUGCAAGAAUGACAUCAACUGCAACUGUUUCUCAGGAGAUGAAGGCUAUGCUGCGGACACCAGCCUCAAUUGUCCCGCUUCGCUGGCUGUGUCACCAGAUGGUACCCUGUACAUCGCUGACCUGAACAAUAUCCGUGUACGUUCAAUCCACAGCAACCGCCCCAAUGCCACAGCGAGUGGACAAUAUGAAGUGGGUUCAUCUCUAGAACAGGAGCUAUAUGUGUUUGGUCCUGACGGCCUUCAUAGGCAGACGGUUAGCCUCAUUACAGGCUUAGCACUGUAUAACUUUACCUACGGGCUGGACGGAGAGUUGGCAGCAGUUACUGAUGCCUCUAACAAUACGCUUCGGGUGAGGAGGGAGGCAUCUGGCUCUAUCAGGCUUGUGCUGUUGCCAGAGAACCAGGUGGUAACACUGGGAAUGGACCCAGCCGGCAGCCUACGUUCAGUGUCCGCCCUCAGUCAGGAAGUGGCACAGCUCGGUUAUUACACUAACACAGAACUUUUAGCCUCCAAAUCAGAUGAGACCGGAUGGACAAACUUUUACAACUAUGACAGUGAGGGUCGUCUAACCAACGUCACAUAUCCCACUGGUGUGGUGACCAGUCUGCAUCGUGAGAUGGAGGAGACCAUCAAUAUUGACAUGGAGAGCUCAAACAGAGAUGAUGAUAUCACGGUCAUCACUAAUCUCUCGUCCGUAGAGGCGUCCUACACUGUGGUUCAAGACCAAGUGAGGAAUAGCUAUCAGUUGUACCACAACAGCACACUGAGAGUAUCCUAUGCUAAUGGAAUGGGCAUCAGCUUUCACACCGAACCACACAUCAUUGCCGGAUCAGUGAGCCCGACCAUUGGGAGACGCAACAUCACCCUACCCACUGACAGCGGCCUUAACUCUAUCGAAUGGCGCAUGAGAAAAGAGCUGACCAAGGGCAAGGUUACAGUGUUUGGCAGGAAGUUGCGCGUCCACAGCAGAAACCUUCUGUCCAUUGACUAUGACCGCAACACCAGAACAGAGAAGAUCUACGAUGACCACCGCAAGUUCACUCUGCGCAUCAUCUAUGAUGCCCAGGGCCGACCGGCCACCUGGCUUCCUAGCAGCAGCUUAGCCCUGGUCAAUGUAUCUUAUUCACCCACCAGCCGAUUGGUGGGCUUGCAGAGGGGCAGCAUGAGUGAGAAAAGCGAGUUUGACACAUUUGGACGGAUCCUGUCACGAACCUUUGUUGAUGGGAAAGUUUGGAGCUUCAGCUACAUGGACAAAUCCAUGGUGUUGCUGCUCCAGCAGAGUCAGAAACAGUACAUCUUUGAUUUUGACACAGCGGGCCGGCUCACGGCGGUCACUAUGCCGAGCAUGGCCAGACACACUAUGGCCACUCAUGUGUCUGUUGGUUACAUUCGCAACACCUACAACCCCCCUGAGAGCAAUGCCACCAUUAUCCACGACUUCAGUGAGGAUGGGCAUCCACGCGCUACAUUCUACCUUGGAACGGGUCGGCGUGUGCUCUACAGAUACGGGAAGCUUGGAAAGCUCUCGGAGGUGCUGUAUGACGCAACUGCCGUCAACUUUGGCUAUGAUGAAACAACAGGAGUGCUUAAAAUGGUCAACUUACAGAGCGGAGGCUUCUCUUGCACCAUUCGCUAUCGCAAACUCGGCCCCCUAGUGGACAAACAGAUGUACCGCUUCUCAGAGGAAGGAAUGGUCAAUGCUCGUUUUGACUACACCUAUCAUGACAACAGCUUCAGGGUGGCCAGCAUAAAGCCAGUAAUAGGGGAAACCCCACUUCCUGUGGACCUGUACCGCUAUGAUGAGAUAUCCGGUAAGGUCGAACACUUCGGCAAGUUUGGCAUCAUAUACUACGACAUCAACCAAAUCAUCACUACGGCCGUGAUGACGCUCAGUAAGCAUUUUGAUGCACAUGGCCGCAUCAAAGAAGUGCAGUACGAGAUCUUCCGCUCGUUGAUGUAUUGGAUGACAGUGCAGUAUGACAGUAUGGGCCGUGUAAUUAAACGUGAACUGAAGAUCGGUCCAUAUGCUAAUACCACACAGUACCGCUACGAAUAUGACGGUGACGGCCAGCUUGUUGGUGUCAAGGUUGAUGACUGGUCCACUUGGCGCUAUAGCUACGACCUAAAUGGAAAUCUCCAUUUGCUUAACCCUGGUAACAGCGCCCGUCUGCUGCCACUACGCUACGAUCUUCGAGACCGAAUCACGCGGCUCGGCGAUAUGCAGUAUCACCUCGAUGAGGAUGGCGUGCUUGCACAGAGAGGCUCAGACAUUUUUGAGUACAAUUCCAAAGGUCUUCUCGAGCGAGCCUACAGCCGCACAGCUGGAGGUUGGAGUGUCCUCUACCGCUAUGAUGGCUUGGGCCGCCGUGUCUUUCGCAGAACUAGCGAAGGCGAGCAUCAGCAGUACUUCUACGCUGACUUGAACUACCCCACUCGGGUCACCCAUGUUUACAACCACUCGAGAGCUGAAAUCACCUCCUUCUACUAUGACCUGCAGGGUCAUCUAUUUGCUAUGGAGGUCAGUGGUGGGGAGGAAUACUAUAUCGCCUCUGACAACAUAGGCACCCCACUGGCCAUCUUCAGCAGCAAUGGGCAGAUGGUCAAGCAGAUGCAGUACACAGCGUACGGAGAGAUCUACCAUGAUUCUAACCCAGAUUUCCAGCUCAUAUUAGGCUUUCAUGGAGGGCUUUAUGAUCCUCUCACAAAGCUGGUGCACUUCGCCCAGAGAGACUAUGACGUGCUGGCAGGAAGAUGGAUUGCACCUGACCAUACAUUGUGGCCGAAGAUAGGCAAAGAGCCAGCUCCGUUCAACCUGUAUAUGUUCAAGAACAAUAAUCCACUCAGCGAUAUGAUUGAUGUGAAAAACUAUGUGACAGAUGUGAAGAGUUGGCUGGUUAUGUUUGGCUUUCAGCUCAGCAACAUAAUUCCAGGGUUUCCUAGACACUCGCUUUAUUUUGUUGACCCUCCUUAUGAGGUACUUGCAAGUCAGGACUCUGAUAACACUCAGCUUUUCACUGGAGUUCAGCAUUCAGUGGACAGACACAACCAGGCCUUCAUGGUUCUUGAGGGGAGGCGGCUCAACAAACAGCGGCGCACCAAGCGUGACAAGCCCGGUUACUGGUUUGGCACCAGCACGCCCAUCGUAGGCAAAGGCAUGAUGCUCGCUAUCAGGGAUGGUCACGUAUUAACAGACCUGUCCACCUCAGCUAGCGAAGACAGUCGCAAAAUAUCACAGAUCCUCAGCAACGCCAUCUACCUGGACGGCACUCAUUACACCAUCGAUGGUUGGGACUGCCACUUCUUCGUGAAGCUCGGACUAGCUGACAGUGACCUGUUGGCCUUGGGUCUCAGCAGCGGCCACAAGACACUGGAGAGUGGGAUCAAUGUGACGGUCAGCGGACGCUCCCGCCGGGGCGUCACUAUAGAAAUCCACUCCGCCAAACUCACAUAUAGCAUCCGGUACGGGCUGUCAGCGCAGGUUCUGGAAAAGGAGCGGAGCCGCCUGCUGGAACAAGCCCACCAGAGGGCGCUGUCUGGAGCAUGGGCCAGGGACCAACAGCAAGUGCGCGAAGGCAGGGAAGGCAGGGAAGGAGGACGCGUGUGGGCUGAAAAUGAGAAGCAACAACUGUUAGCCAUGGGGAAGGUCACGGGUUACGAGGGCUACUACGUGCUCCCAGUAGAGCAGUACCCUGAACUGGCGGACAGCAGCGCUAACAUCCAGUUCCUCAAACAGAACGAGAUGGGCAGGAGUUCAACUGUUGAUGAUGCCAUGCCAUCUCCUACGGAGAGAAACAACAGAGCGCUGCAGAGACGUUUCCCAAAAAUGGAGAACCAACAGCCAGCAGCAAGAACACUAUGACCCAUUAUUGAAAAAAAAAAAAAAAGCACUUGUGAACAAUGAUUUUGUAGUGAUCUUUUGACAUUAUAGAAAGUGGUAAAUAUUUUUUAGUCAAUUCAGACUGGCUGUGAGUGGCGGACAUUAAUGUGAUGAUAGUGUGAUAGCUCGCUUUGGUUUUUCAUGACUGCAUAUCAAACAUCACAGAAAUCAUCACUCAUGCCGCAGUACUCGAUAAAACAGCAUCACCUGCUCCCAUAUGUGUUUGUGAAACUACACUGGAACAUAUUCAAAAGGAACGUCAGCGUCUCGACACUUUCAGUCUCGUUCCUCAUGAAUUUUCUCACUAUACGUCAACGCAGUGUUUGGUAUUAAGAUUUUAAUCACACCGUGUGAGGCUGAGCUUUCUGAUUGGCUUUCGCUGGAUGUGUUAAUCAUCGGCUCAGAGUCUGUGCUCUUCUGUUCGCAAUAUAUGACAAUCACAGGGGCUGAUACAUUGAUCAAUAAACUGUACAUGAGCCAACCGUUUUGUAUAAUAUGUAAGAGAUUCUUGAUUGUCUGGGUUUUUUAUUAUUAUUUUAUUAAUUUAAAUUCGACUUGACAAGUGAAAACAGAUGAAAGUGUAAUAUAUAUUGUUUUU